AUGGUUACACCUACUUCUUUGGAUGGGGAUCCCCCUGAACUAGUGCAACUGUACUGACAGACAUUCGCGACAUCAAGCACCUCACAAAUUGGUUGUUAUUGAACCAUGGCUGGUUCAGGUCCAAUGAAAGUAGUUCAUAAUCAAAGCUUUAUCAAUGAGACUGUGAGAAUUAAUCAACUUACCAAAUCACUGAGUGAGAGAGAGAAAGAAAUAUCUGAUCUCAAGGAAAAACUAAAAUGCAGCGAAGCACUUCUUAGACAGAGAUUAAAAGAAAAAAAUAAAGCAUACAAUGAACAGGAAGAAGCCGAAGUACAAUUGGAGAGGCAGUUAGCUGAAGCAAAGGAGGAAUUAACACUUUUGAAUGAGAGGCUUAAGAGUAGUAAGGAGGAAGAACUGAAGCAGAAAAUAAGUGAACUUGAAAAGGAAAUGAACGUGAAAGUUGAAGAUCUUCAACUGAAAGAAGCAAGAAUCAAGCAUCUAAUAGAACAGUUAUCUGAGAAAGAGAAAAGUGUGUUUGAUGCUGAAGGAAGUGAUGCUGCUGAUAAGACAGAGAGGGAAUUAAUGACCAAACAAAUGGAAGAUUUAAAAGAGGAGAGUAAAAGGAAUAUUGCUGAGGCUACACGACGUAUUGAUAAAUUAGAGGAGAUACGUAAGGAGCAACUUGAUGAGAUUGAUAGAUUGAGAGAAGAGACUACAGGUUUAAAGGGGACUGUAGAGGAACAAGGAAAUAUGAAGGAAAGGCUUACUGAGUUGGAAAGAUUGCAUGCUGAAGUUGCUAAUCACAAGGAAGAAAUGAACCACAUUAGAAGAAAGGAGGAAGCAAAGCGAGUUGAACUGGAAGAGAAAUGGAAAAGAAAAUUUAAUGAGAACUCUCAGCAAAGAACGCAAUCUCAUCUAAAAGAGAUGAACGAGGCAAUGGAAGCAGUAAAGAAAAAAUACAAGGACAGGCUUCAAGCUAGAGAAAAGGAAUUGCAGGCUCAACUGGAUAAAUUGAGUCAAAAAAAUAAAGAAUUAAAGGACCAUUUGUACAAUCGGGAGGAAGCAUACUGUGUUUUACAGGAUUCAUUAGAUAAAAAGAGUACAGCUUCUAUGGAUCUGGAGAAACAAGUUGAGGAUAUACUAAAGCACUUAGAUGAAAGGAUAAAAAAAUAAAAGAAAUAUCAGAAAAACUUACUUUAAUGAAGAC